AUGCACGCACAUCUAUCUAUCUAUCUAUCUAUCUAUCUAUCUAUUUCAGUCGGUUCAUAUCUAUCUAUCUAUCUAUCUAUCUAUCUAUCUAUCUAUCUAUCUAUUUCAGUCGGUUCAUAUCUAUCUAUCUAUCUAUUUCGGUCGGUUCAUAUCUAUCUAUCUAUCUAUCUAUCUAUCUAUCUAUCUAUCUAUCUACUUACAGAUCUAACCUUCUUUGCCCGUCUAACUCUGUUUGUCUGUCUAACCGUCUUUGAUCGUCUAACCGUCUUUGUCUGUCUUUGCCCGUCUUUGUCCGGUUCUGUUCGUUUAACCCUCUUUGUCCGUCUAACCGUCUUUGUCUGUUUUUGUCCGUCAAACCCUCUUUUUUCGUCUAACCGUCAGUGUCCAUUUAAACGCCAUUUUUCGUCUGACCGCCAUUGUUUGUAUUACUGCAUUUGUUUUUGUCCGUCUAACCGUCAUUUUCUGUCUAAGCGUCUUUGUCCAUCUAACUCUUUUUGUCUAUCAUUUUACAGCUAUCCGUUUUUGUCCGUCUCACUUUUUUUUGUUCGACUAAAUAUCAUUGUCCGUCUAAUCGUCUUUUUUCGGUUUUAUCCACCUAACUCUGUUCGUCAUUGUCCAUCUAACCGCCUUUGUCCGUCUGACAGUCUUUGUGCAACCAUGUUUGUCAACGAAAAUUCUGACACUAAAGAAACAAGUUGGGCAGCAAAGUCAAAAUCUACAAUUGUUCAUUCGCCAAUCAGGUCAGAUGCAUAUAUGACUAGGCGCUUGGUUAUAAGACGAAUUUAA